AAUCCAUCAAACUUCAUAUUUUGAAAAUACACAACUAUCACAAUGGGUGUCACCAAGACCGUCAUCUCCCCUGGCAACGGCCAGCAGUUCCCCAAGCCGGGUGAUCAGAUCUCCAUGCACUACACCGGUUGUCUGUAUGAUGAGUCCAAGCCUAACAACAUGGGCAAGCAGUUCGACAGCUCCCGUGGUCGCGGUGCCUUCAAGACUGCCAUCGGUGUUGGUGGUCUUAUCAAGGGCUGGGAUGAGGCCGUCCCCCAGAUGAGCGUUGGCGAGAAGGCCAUCCUGACUAUUUCUCCUGACUACGGCUACGGACCCCGUGGUUUCCCUGGCUUGAUUCCCCCUAACUCGACUCUCGUUUUCGAGGUUGAGCUGCUCGGCAUCAACUAAACCCGCUAUAUUAUAUUCAUUCAUAUAGUAUAGCAGGGGUGCAAUCAAUCAAAUAAAUGGUUAAAAC